CAGAGAAUACAUGACUGUGUACCUUCACCCUUCUAGACCGAAGAUGCAGAGAAUACAUGCACGCAAACCCAUACAAGCAACACCUAAAGGCCUGCAGCCUUAAACCUGUGGUGUUAGGGUGAUGAGUGCACUGACCCGCUGAAGCUUAGAGGAAUCAGUCGACGGAGAGGGUAGACUUAUGCUGCACUUCUUUUCUCUUCAGGCGGAUGUGAUCAGUGACGGAUGAUCGUGGCAGUGUGCUUUGACAGCAGCAGCUCUUUUUCUUGCCAAGGUGGUCAAGGGAGAAUCUCCUGUUUUUCUUCUAGUUGUGCAGUUGGAGCUUCGUCUUGGAAGGCUGAGCAGAUGUUGACUUCUUCUUGCUACCCCAUUUCUGGUGGUGGUGGUGGUGGUAGUGGUGGUGGAAGCAAGUCACUGGAUCAUGAUUUUGACUCUUUUGAAUGUGAGAGUGAGGAGAGUGUGGAGGUGCCGGAGGAGCACACAAAGCCGGUUCCGGCACGGAGCUCCGGCUCCAAGAGGAGCAGGGCUGCAGAGGUUCACAACAUGUCUGAAAAGAGGAGGAGGAGUAGAAUCAAUGAGAAGAUGAGGGCACUGCAAAAUCUGAUUCCCAACUCAAAUAAGACAGAUAAGGCUUCCAUGCUUGAUGAGGCUAUUGAGUAUCUCAAACAAUUACAGCUCCAAGUGCAGAUUCUUUCAAUGAAGAAUGGUCUUAAUCUCCACUCCAUGUAUUUGUCUGGAGGACUUCAGCCUUUCCGAACUUCACAGACAUGUAUAGGUUUCGGUCUGAAUGGCAACAUAGCAAUGAACAACCGAACAGGAAUGCUUCCCCUGAACCAAGAUUCACCUGUUCGGAGCUCAUUUGAUCUGUCAAAUCAGUGCACAACAAUCGAGCCCAGUCUCAUCAAUGUGACUAAUCUUGAGACUCCAUUAGUGAAUCCAGUAGAAUCUCAACGUGGAUCAGUCCAAGUUCCUGUAUCCUGUGAGGAAAUGUUAACAAGUGACUUGUUGACCCAGUUAUAUGCAGCGGAUUACACAAGGGACCUCACAGGUGGGCAAGCAUCAUCUGCAAUUGGUAUCGACUACUUGGAAGAAUGCAUAUUGGGAAUAGAAGGAAGGUCACAACAAUUGCUAUCCGAUGAGGAAAAUUUCAUUCAGCACUUGCAUGGCUUGCAGAGCGUAAGUUUUCCAAGUUCUGAUUUGAAGGAACCAUUUCAAGAUUCCUAAAGUGCACUGAUUAGGCCAUGAUGCCAAGGAAACCAGAUACAUUGGCACUGUGCCAUCUUUUGAUGAGAUUUACGGGAUGUAUUUUUGACAUUUCUUUGGCAUUGAAAUAUCUUCUUACUUGUGGAUUGUGAAAUCAGCUGCUACUAA